AGCCCAGCCGUUCUCCCGUCACCCGCCCCGACCGACGAGCCGAGCCCUGCCCUCUCGAACCUGCCCGAUAGCCCCAAAUCCUCCCCUGCCCCUCUCGCCGAUGCGCACAGCAUGGGGUCCAUAACACCCUCGGCACCGGCAACACACCCAGUCACCAAUGCCCGAUUCGUCCAUGUCCCUUCUCGUACCCCGGACGUACAGGAGAUCCCGAGGCCAGGGAGUGUUGGCGCGACCCCUCAGGCCGAGAGCCACUCUCCUGCGCCUGGGCAUAUAUUACAGCCUCCGAGUAACCGACUUGAAGCCGGACAGAACACACACGCCCCGAAUGUCAGCCAUGGAGGACCUCCUUCUUCAUCGUCCACCUCCCAUGAACAUGGACCGCCUCCUCCCCCAGCGAAACGACGGCGCACAGAAAACACGCCGUCCAUUCCACCCGCGUACAUGCCGUCCGUUCCACCCGCAUGCAUCCCUCCGCUCAUUCCAACGCUAGAACAAUAUGUUCAGGCUUCAGGGGGGGAACAGGCCCUCGACGGCAGCGUUGAAAAACCGAGGAUCAUGCUGCUCAGGGAGGCAUGCAAGACCGAAGAUACCUUCUUCAUCUUCUUGCACCAGCUGUUUUCCAUGUGGUCUCUCAAGAGGCAGGAUGUCCGUGCGUGUAUACCGCUAAGUCAGUCGACCGUGAAUGAAGCGUUUGCGAUACUCGAAACUGUUCUUAAGAAAAAUCAGCUCAUAUCGCCGCCACACCAGCAGUGGUUCUCCCGGUUUCCUGUUCCUCUGGGACAGUUCGAUCGGUGGAAUAACGGUGGCGUUAUCAUCCAGCAGAUCGCCAGGUUCCUCAGCGCCCUGGUGAAGGAUUACGGAAACCUCGCCAUAGCGGCGAUCCACCGAAAAUACCCCUUUCUAGUGGACGAGCUCUUGAGCCGCUUGAGUUGUUACUCCCCAGUCCUGCAGUAUAUUCUCUUCACUGCCUGUCGAAGGCGGCUAGGUGUGCCAGAUGGCCAAUUUGGCGGCCCAAUGGAGCAGGCGUUUCGGGAAGACCAGCACAGGCACCGCGCUCCCGGCCAGAACAACCAAUUUUUAGUGCCCUUCACCCACGCGGGGGAGAUCGAGCAGCGAAAUUCCGGGCUCAUCCAUUUUUACAGGCAAACAGUCCAGGCGGCAACACGCCAGACCUCAGGCCAGUCUAACCUUCGCUCCCCGCCAAUGCUGAACACAUCCGCUCCCCUCCAACAACAAGCCAGCGCAUCCAUGCAAGGGCAGACACAACCGCCAAACCGCAUGUCUCCGGUGCAUAAUGCACAACAGCACCAAGCUGCCCCCAUUGCUUACUCCGUCCCGAAUUACUUGCCUGCUUUAUACCCGAGUAUGGCCCUGCCGCCAUCGCCUCAAGCACCCACGGCCGCAACAAACCCUUACACCACUCCCCAAACGCCAACCGUAACGGGUCCAACACAGAUGGCAUCGCUGGGUGCUAACACAUCGACAUCUCAUCCGCAGAUACGGAAUGCUCCCCAUUCGAACCCGCAACACCCAGCGGUUAGCAAUGUUUGGGGCCAACAACCACAGCCGGUGCAAUUCGUUUGGCAACAACAACAAGCGCUAAACCAAGGGCAACAACUGCGCGCGCAGCAAGUAAACCAGCAACUAAACCAGCAGCACUAUGUGCAGAACUUGCAAAUCAGCACGUCUAAUCCCGCUCAGGUCAACCCCCAGCCCAUGACGCAGUCGCCAGUUAGCAACGCGCCGUCUUACCGUACGACUCAUCCCGCGCAAAGCCCCCGGUUGCAGCAGAUACGGCCUAGCCCUUGGAUGCUGCAACAGAUACAAACCUCAAUGUCUCCGACAGGUUUUGUCGCCGGUGUGGCGCACCCUGGGUCAACCCCGACUGCUCAGUCCCCAACGCACCAGAUCCAGCGAGGUGCGCAGCAACGGCAGCGAACUGUGACGGCGAACGACCGCCUGCUGCCGCCCAAGGGCGCAAUGAUCGGGCGGACGGAGUGGCCGCACGAACCGGCGGAUCGAAAAUCGGUCAUGAUGUCGCUGCACCAAGCCCAUGUCCGCAGUCCGAAGCGGGUCAUCAAGGACGGCGAGACGGAACGAUUCUACCAAUCUGUGAAAUCACUCUCGGUUGCGCCGACUCCCGUGGCUCCCAAGAAGACCAUGUACGAGUUCCGGUUCGAUGUGACGGAGGAGCAGUUUGCCCUCGUAGCGGCCAAGUCGAAGAACCCCACAGCCCUUCUGCCGGUAGUUGAGCACUUUAACGGCGCGCUCCGAUGGCGAAUCCGGUGCUGCGUAGUUCGAGGCCCGAACGGACCGCUUAGGGAAGAAGAGUGGGUAGGAUUGGAGAUGGACUGGCCAGCGUACAUUCACAUGACGCUCAACAACAAGGCGCUCGACAUACGCAGGCAACGGCACAAUGGGAAAGAUCAACCUACGGAGAUCACUGACUAUAUCGUCUGUGGUACCAACGUGCUCUUGGUUGCUAUACACGGCCCGCAGGGUGAGCAGGUUAAAAACCGCCACCUAGCUGUGGAGAUGCUCGAGACACUCAGCCAUUCCAGCGCAGUCAGGGACGUCUGGGCGCGGGGCGUAACGCCCGAAGAACAGACGCUAAAGACUAUCAAGCGGCGCUUGACCUCAUCGCUUGACGACGAAGUCUCUUUCGAGGCGCCUGAUCUGCCGAUCGACCUUGCCGACCCCUUCAGCUCGACCAUCUUCAAGAUCCCCGCGCGUGGCGCCACGUGCACGCACAUGGAGUGCUUCGACCUCGAGAACUGGUUGAACACGCGGCCGUCAAAAACACCAGUCAAGUGCCCUCAUCGGCAGGUAGAGUGCGACUGCCGGGACCCCGGCGAGCCGUCAAACCCCGAUAAGUGGCGCUGCCCGAUCUGCUCCAAGGACGCACGGCCGUACAGUCUGCGGAUCGACGGGUUCUUGCUCAACGUCAGGACGCAGCUGGAGGAAGAAGGCAGGCUGCACACCAAGUGCUUGCGUGUGAAGGCGGACGGGAGCUGGUCCGUUGUGCUCGAGGCGGACGAUGACGGGGAGAGUGACGAGGAAGAGCGGCAUGGGUCGCGGCCCGCGGCUACCGCCAAGGGCAAGGCGGUGCAGGUACCUACCGCGCCGAGGCGAGAGGUGGAGGUUAUCGAGAUUGACUAG